CCUUCUGAGUAUUAGAGGAGAGGUAAGGGUGGCCAAAGAAAGCGAAAAAAGAAUGUGGUGUAUAGCACACCACUUUCCAGAAUAUUAGAUAAGCCGUAUAAAGACACAUCACGAAGCGUAAUUUCCAAAAAGUUCUUAUGAAGCAUGGCAUCGCAUAUCAGAUCUCCCAUGGAAGGCCAAUAUGUGAAGCUUUUACUAGCAAUUCUUUCUGUAGUUCCAGUGGUAUUCAGUGCCGCAGACCCUAAUGACUUGGAUAUUCUCAACCAAUUCAGGAAAGGGUUGGAGAAUCCGGAGCUACUAGACUGGCCGGAAAACGACGAUAACCCAUGUGGCCCUCCAAGCUGGAAACACGUUUACUGUGCCGGCAACAGAGUUUCUCAGAUUCAGGUUCAGAAUAUGGGCUUGAAGGGUCCUCUUCCGCAGAGCUUCAACAAGCUUUCUAUGCUCUCGAACAUAGGCUUACAGAGGAACCAAUUCAGUGGGCCGUUACCAUCUUUCAAUGGGUUGUCGAAUUUGCGGUUUGCUUAUUUGGAUUACAAUAAUUUCUCUUUGAUUCCGGCCGAUUUCUUUGUCGGUCUUGAUGCUUUGGAGGUUUUGGCAUUGGAUGGCAAUAAUCUGAACGGCACUACUGGGUGGAUGUUUCCUCGAGACUUAGCGAAUUCUGCUCAGUUGCUGAAUAUAACUUGCAUACAAUGUAAUCUGGUCGGUCCGUUGCCUGAUUUUCUCGGGAGCUUGUCCUCUCUAUCUGUGUUGUUGUUGUCCGGAAAUAAAUUAACCGGUGAAAUUCCGGCGACUUUUAACGGCACCCUUUUGAAAAUGCUGUGGUUGAACGAUCAAGUUGGCGAUGGGAUGACUGGUCCGAUUGAUGUGCUUACGACAAUGGAAUCUCUUACUGAAGUGUGGCUCCAUGGGAAUAAGUUCACCGGCAAAAUCCCAGAAAGCAUUGGUAAACUGACUUCUCUGAAGAAUCUUAAUCUUAAUAGUAAUCAACUAGUUGGUUUGAUUCCCGAGAGCUUAGCAAAUAUGAAAUUAGACAAUUUGGAUUUGAGCAACAACCAGCUAAUGGGUCCGAUCCCAAACUUCAAAGCGGUUAAUUUUACGUAUGGUUCAAAUGCAUUUUGUCAAUCAACUCCUGGGCUUCCUUGUGGUCCUGAAGUUAUGGCACUUAUAGAGUUCCUUGAUGGGUUGGAUUACCCUUUAAGGCUAGUUUCUCUAUGGUCUGGUAAUGACUCUUGUACAGGACCAUGGUUGGGACUGACUUGUGAAAAUGAUAAGGUCUCUGUCAUAAAUUUGCCUAAGUUCAAUCUGAAUGGUACCUUGAGUCCUUCGGUUGCAAAAUUAGAUUCUCUUCGUGAAAUUAGACUUCAAGAUAACAAUUUGGGAGGUUCGGUCCCUGAAAACUGGACUAGUUUGAGAGACCUCACAUUGUUGGAUCUAAGCGGAAACAAUAUUUCCCCUCCAUUUCCAUCUUUUAGUAGCUCUGUGAAGGUUGUCACUGCUGGGAAUCCUUUAUUAAACGGUGGUUCUCCAAAGCCAAGCCCCUCACCAGAAAACAGUCCUUCAUCCGGUGGAUCAGGAUCUCCAUCAACAGGUUCACGUUCUAAUACUAAUGGUACUUCUGUUCAACCUAAUAACAAGCCAAAAGAUUCCAAAAAUUCCAGCUUAGUUCCAAUUGUAGCACCCAUUGCAAGUGUUGCUGUUGCUGCUGCAUUGUUUGUAAUUCCUCUCUCUAUAUACUGCUGUAAGAAGAGAAAGAACAGUUUACAAGCCCCAAGUUCCCUUGUUAUUCACCCAAGAGAUCCAUCCGAUUCAGAUAAUAUGGUUAAGAUUGUUGUUGCCAAUAAUACCAACGGAAGCAUAUCUACAGCGACAGGGAGUGGUUCUGGAAGCAUAAACGGCAGUGGAAUUGGUGAGUCUCAUGUCAUUGAAGCUGGAAAUCUGGUCAUAUCGGUUCAAGUUCUUCAGCAUGCGACAAAGAAUUUUGCCCCUGAGAAUGAGCUUGGCCGUGGUGGCUUUGGUGUAGUGUACAAGGGAGAAUUGGAUGAUGGGACAAAGUUAGCAGUUAAAAGAAUGGAGGCUGGAGUGAUUAGCUCCAAAGCCUUGGAUGAAUUCCAGUCUGAAAUUGCUGUUCUUUCAAAGGUCAGGCACCGUCAUUUGGUAUCCCUUUUGGGUUAUUCCAUUGAAGGCAGCGAGAGAAUUCUUGUUUAUGAGUAUAUGCCUCAAGGGGCUCUCAGCAAGCAUCUUUUCCACUGGAAGAGCUUCAAACUAGAGCCUCUAUCUUGGAAGAGGAGACUAAAUAUAGCCUUAGAUGUUGCUAGGGGGAUGGAGUAUCUUCAUAGCUUGGCUCACCAGAGCUUCAUACACAGAGAUCUUAAAUCAUCAAAUAUUUUACUUGGCGAUGAUUUUAGAGCAAAAGUCUCAGAUUUUGGAUUGGUUAAAUUGGCUCCUGAUGGGGAAAAAUCUGUAGUGACCAGGCUUGCUGGAACUUUUGGCUACCUAGCACCUGAGUAUGCUGUCACCGGAAAAAUCACGACCAAAGCAGACGUCUUUAGUUUUGGUGUUGUGUUAAUGGAACUACUGACUGGAAUGAUGGCACUUGAUGAAGAUAGGCCUGAAGAGUCCCAGUACUUGGCUGCAUGGUUUUGGCACAUAAAGUCAGAUAAGGAGAAACUGAUGGCUGCAAUUGAUCCAGCCCUUGACAUAAAAGAAGAAACUUUUGGGAGCAUCUCCACUAUAGCAGAACUAGCUGGGCACUGCACUGCAAGGGAGCCGAACCAACGGCCAGAUAUGGGCCAUGCCGUCAAUGUAUUGGCCCCUCUUGUUGAAAAAUGGAAACCAUUUGAUGAUGACACAGAGGAGUAUUCUGGGAUUGAUUAUAGCCUACCUCUUAACCAGAUGGUGAAGGGCUGGCAGGAAACCGAAGGAAAGGAUUUUAGCUAUAUGGACUUACAAGACAGCAAGGGUAGUAUACCAGCGAGGCCAACUGGAUUUGCGGAGUCUUUCACCUCAGUUGAUGGUCGGUGACGUUUGACCUCUUUCUCUGUUCCUUUUUGUGACAUGUUGGUGUCGCUUUUCGAUAGGUGUAGAUAGCAUGUUGUUUCAUUUUGUUUGGAAAUUAAAUGUCAAUAUGUUUUUGUGUUGCUGUUGUUGUUGUUAUGAAGGAUUGAAUGGAGAUUUCUGUUGCUUACGAGAUCUCUCAAGUGUAAGCUUUGAAUUUUCUACUGUGAAAAUUUACAUGAUAAUGGUGAUGUAGAUAGUGAGCAACGAUGAAUGUAAACGUUUAAUCAGUUACUUCUUGAUGUUCA